AUGGAUUCGCGGACGGAGCCGCACUCGCCAGAGCACUCUGACGAUGAAAACCGUCCAGCCACACCUCUGUCCCUCGAUGCCCGGACUGCGCGACCGGCCCGACACUUGGCGAAUAGCGACCAUAAUGCCGUCCAGACCUCCGUGGAUCUGGUCUCUGUCAUGACCGCCGCAUCCAGUCCUGUCUCGCCAGGUUCCUCGAGCCCCGCACUGCCACAAGCCCGCACGCAAGACUUUGUGCCACCAACGCGACCGAGCAGUACACCUUUCCCUCAACCUGAGCAGAGAACCGACGAUCUUUGCUGCCUCGGUUGCCCGGAUGGCAUGGACCACGACGAAGACUUUGUUGACGACCACGAUGUGCCCCUGGACGUGGAAAUGGGCAUGAGGUUGGAUACUGGUGUGGACAUGCACAUGCAGCAUGGGGUUGACUUGGCUGGGAAAGCACCCGCGCAGCAGGACAUGUCAGUCAGCCCCCGGUCUGUUGCCAUGGAUCUAUUGGACCUGAACUCGCUUGAUAGAGAAGGCGAGCCGGAGAUUGAUUACUUCAAGCUUGCGUCGUCCACCAUCGCCAAAGAACCUCAGGGCCUGUCAAUAGAUAUGGACAUGUCUGGCCUCCCUGCGACACCGACAUUCUCGCCUAUCACUUCCGUGGCCACGUCUCCCAGCACACUACAUUCUCACUUCGGCUCUGAUCUUGAUCACCUAUCGCACAACGAUAUCAGCAAAGACAAAGAGCAGAAGACAGAGUCGGCAACGUCUUCGUCCUCUAAACAGACGCUUUAUCUCCAGGACUUGCCUAUUGAGAUCCAAGAACUGAUCCUUGACCGCGUCUUUGACUGCCGUGUGUCACCCAUGACGAAGAGCUGGCCCGACAAGCGGUUGACCAGGAUGGCCACCUUCACCCGCGUGUGGCGUAUGCUCAUCCAAAAGCGCCUGUACUGUCGCAUCAAGAUCAAGGCCACUGGCUUUAAUUUGAUCAGUACAAUGGCCCACUUUGGGUGCUUCCCGCAUCUGCGAUCCUAUGUUCGGCACGUGGAACUGUGGUUCCCUGUCUUCCAGCCUAGAGUAGCACCGCCCGCGCUGUCUGCGGCAUCGAUGGUACCGACUCUCUUCUUGGACGGCCUCUCCAAUGCGACGUACACGUUACCGGCGAAUAACUGCUCGCUCGAAGAGGCCUUUAUGGUCCUCGGCGCCGCCUUCCCCAAUCUAUCUGUCCUCACCCUGGAAGGUGGUGAGCGCAAAAAGGCGCCCCAGGUCCAGCACUUUGCACACGAUCUGUACAACGCACCGGCGCCACCGGACCCCAACAGUCUUGCCGAGUCCUCAGGCGACCUUUUAGCCGAUGCGUUGCUGACACCCAGUGUGCCGCAGCGUCCGCUUCCUCAGCUUACCACGGUACGAACUCUGGUGUGCAAAGGCCAAUGGAAUCUCAUCCGCUCCCAACAAGAUUUCCAGAACAUCGCGGCUGCUCUGCCAAACCUUUCCGACUGGCAGGCCGUAUACAGCAAACCCAAAUCCAAGAGCUAUCUGACCAUGGCCACCAUUCUGCCCCAUAUACCCGAUACCACGAACCUGACGUCCCUGAAUUUAUGCAUCGAGGGCGACUACCGCCAGGAGAUUUCGUUCCCGCCCUAUUUCUUAAAGGUGAUGGACAAGGUGCACUUUUGUUCCAGUCUGGCCGCGGCCACACCGGCCCUGAAGCACCUGUCGUACACGGGCCGCGUCUGCCGCACGUUUUUCGAUGUCGCCGCGCGGAUCGCGGAUCCCCGCACCACCCGCCUCAAGUCGGUCGAGCUCACCGUCAAGAACUGCUGCCGGCAGGUGAGCCACUGGCACGAAUCCGGCUCAGGGGUCACGGAUCUCAACUUCAUCCGUGCGUUCGAGGCUCUGGUCCUAUCGGCUGUGCGGUCGCUCGACCGCCUCACCAAGCUGGAGCACCUGCGGAUCCGCUACGUCGACCUCGAGUUCCCCGUGCCGCCGUUGAACCCCUUCUUCUUGCUGCACAACGGGUACGCAUCGGGCGUCUGGAGCGAGACCAUUGUGUCGGAGCUCAGUCGCGUGCGGCCCGAUGUUCAGUGGGAGGAGCUGUCGGAGAGCAUUGGCGAGCGCACGCUGAGCAAAGACGGGCGCCUCAUUAUCAACGCCGAGUUCCCCAAGAAGCGUGUUGUGUCCCUAAAGUUAAGCAACUAUGCUUUCCUGGUGGCCCUGGCGACGAUAUAG